CGGCGAGGUUGGGCUGCGUCUCAACAUAGCAUGGUGCCGUUGCAGAGACCAGAAGAAAGGGAACAGACACAGACAGAAGAUUGAUCUUCUGCAGCUGCUGUCGCUCUAUCGCUGGGACCUCACUGCCGGGCCGUUCGCUCUUGGCCUCGCCUCCACUGACACCCACCCACUUGAACAUACACUCACACACACACGCACAUGCUCACGCACCCACCAGCCCCCGCGUCCUCCCUCUUACUCCACUGCACCACUGCGUCAUUGAAUCGCUAGAUCUGCACGCCAUCAUCUGUCUCGUUUAUCCACUCCUGCAACUGCCACUGCUAUUCCCCCCUCCCUGCUUUUUCCAGCUCAUUCUACCCCUGAUCCCUCGUCUGUCAGCUUCCCAAUUCCCUCGGCAACUCAUUUUUCGAGGAGUGCACUACCAGUAGUGGCUUGGGUUGCAGAUAUAUAUAUAUAUAUAUAUAUAUAUAUAUAUACUUGUUGUCGUUCUGCGGGAUUUUUGGCUGCACGAAGCUGGAGAGUCAAUUUGGAGGCUCCCUCCAGGGUGCUUGAUCCAACAGAUCAACUGAACUUUAGGUGGUGGUGUAGCACGUCGAAUCGAGCGGAGAGCACGAGGCGGAGGAGACGAGCAUCCAUUUUUUUUUUUUUUUUUUUUUUUUUUUAUUGGAAUUGAUGAGUUGUGGGAACGAGGGUGGUGGUGGAGGAUGAACUUGGGUGCGGACGGCUUUGGGAGGUGCCAGCUCGCGCAGGCGGGGUCAGAGAGAUAUUCUGGCCUGCUUCAUGUGUGCUGUUCCGUGGAUGUUUUACAGUAAGAAUUAAAAAAUAAAAUAAAAUAAAAUAAAAUGGAGGCAUGGAAGGGAGGCAGGCAAGUAGUGGCACAUGAUCCUCACUCGUCGCAGAGGAGCCUGGUGUUUGACGAGGAGCGGGCCGCCAGGCGAUCAGCGAGGAGGAGAUGGCUUCGUAGCUUUGCGUGCCUGCUCGUUGCCCUGCUGGUGCUACUCCUCGUGCUCGGGUGCCUGGGAGGUAUUAUAUGGCUCGUCGUGAAACCGAAAUCGCCAUCGUUGGUCCUUCAGGGAGUCACCUUGCACGACAUUAAGGUUCAGGUAGCAAACGGAACAACCAAUGCAGGGAACCCUACUGUAUUGUACUUGAACUCCACCCUCCUUCUCCUGGCAACUAACACAAACCGGAUCAGCGUUGGCUAUUCCACUGUACAUUUGAAUGUCACUUACGGCGACGUAAUGCUAGAGAACACCACAUUGCCAGCAUUCCGUCUGCACGCACAUGGCAACACUUCCAUUGGGAUACCGCUUUCUGUUGACAACCGAGAGUUUUUCCAACCGGAGGGUCGCUACCUUCUUAGGGAUGCAGACAACAACAAUUUGCCUCUAAAACUUACUGGGGUAACAACUGCAGAAGUGUACACAUUUGGAAAAAAGUCACUAAUGAAGCUCCAGAUGGAUUGCGACAUAGUGAUUCAAUACCAGGAUCUUAAAGUUCAUACCAAUGCUUGCAAAACAAGGUCCUCAAAACUAUGACCAGAGCCUAUCAACGGGUAAUGUACCUUGUUUUUCAAGUUUGACCUUGAAGAAAUCGCAACACUGUAUAUACCCUGCGGUCCACUUAGUCCCCAUUGUAAAAGACCCUAAAGAGAAAAAUGAAUGAAACUCAGUGUUAGACUUGGACAGCGAGAAGACGUGGAUUCCAUGUAGACUCCGGACAGUAGAAACGGUGUACAACAUAUCUCUAGCUGAUCUUCAGCAUCUUUCAACAACCACCUCAAGUUGUAAUUGAAUGUUGAGAUAUCGGUUCCUCUCCCUCCCCUCCUUCUAAUCUCCACAUGAGUUGGUGCCACAAGCUCCUGUCGUUAAUCUGGUUGCUACCCUUGGUCUUGUGUGGAUUGUAAGAAGCCUUCGCCAUUAGUAUGAUGAGCAGAUGCCUUGUGACAUGAAGGUCACUUGUCUAACCACCUGGUCUUGCCCUGGAUGUUUUAAUUGUGUUUGAAGUACUCCUUUUACGACAUGGGUCCUUUGGGAUCAUGCCAACCAACUGUAUUACUCGAGAAAUUCCAACUCAUUUGAAACACGACGACAUGUUUCCACUUGAUGUGGUGUUUUCGAGGUUGAACGUUCUGUAGACUGUGAAGAUCAUUACUGGUAUCUAUACUAUCAAGCUUUGAUGUUCAUGGAUACCUUGGGCAUGGGAAUUUGUGUGUAGGGAUAACGCUGAGGAAUCAAAUUUCAUAGUCUAGAUGGAGCAGGUCUGCUUCUGCUAAUUAGCCAAAUGGGUUGUGUCACUGACAUGGCAGGUCUUCCUGGGCAUUGUCAAUGUAACUGUUUUCACAGCUUUAACUAAGAGAAACAAACUGUUCUUUGGA